AUGGCGCUGACGUUUGCGGAGAAGCAGAAGUGGGUGGCAUCGCUGGAAGCAGCUGUCAAGUGUGCCACAAAGGGCGAGGCUUUCAGGAAGAGUAGAAUCCAGAUGAACACAGUUUUGACGUUUACUGAAAGGAAGGAGGUCAACAGCACCCUCGUUCUCUCAAAGCAGGUUUCUGGUCCUGCUUAUGGCCGAGGAGGACUGUUUGCCAUGAACCCCCAGAGUCCAGUGACCAGUGACAAGGUCCUCGCUCCCCUGACUGGCAUCUCCAACAUCCACCAGAUGACCCUCGCCGCCGGGCUCGGCAUGAUCAUCAUGAUUGUAGGCACUGAUCGUCGACUGCUGAUGGUGGAGAAGAAGUUGAUCAUGCUGCGACUGACUCAGUGUAACGGUGGUGAGACGGUCCCCCUCCCCUACAAGCAGAUCGAUGGGGUGCAGGGUUGUACGGUGUUUGAUGUGGGCAUGUGGCAGGACAGCACCUAUCAUCCUUGUGGGGAUGACAGACAGGGUGCUAUAUACUGA